AUAUAAUAGAUACUGACGGUGUUGAAAUAUUGGACCCGCCACCUGCCAUGGUUGUUCUGAGAAUGCCACUUAAUAAAAAUGAGCUACUUUGCAAACUUCGAGGUCAUAUCAUGUCCAUUCAUAAUGCAGAUUCCCGAGAGAAAGAAUGGAUCCGUAGCUCCAAGCCCUACCCACUAAGUAUAAGUCUUAGACAACUACAAGACUUACUAAAGAAUACACGGGCUAUUGAUGUCGACAGUUUUAACAUGGCUGUUCGAGUAAAUGCUACAGACGACAUUCAAUGGGCUAAAGACACUCCAUAUCACUAUAUGGAUCUCAGAUUUUCUAUGAUACUAAAUGACUCUACACAAGAUCCAAAACUCCGUUUACCAUUUGAUGCCCAACGCUACAUUAUUGCAAAACUAUUUCAUUGUUGGCCUGAUAUGUGCUUUGAUGUCUCGGUGUGCAAGUUGCAAGAUGUCUGGGUUUUUAGUUUUAAAGAUUAUGCGCACGUGGCAUGA